AUGGAUACUUCACGCGAUACCGGGGCACCCUUAGUCACUAGGAAGAAGACGUACGCCACAGAGGAGGUCUGGGACUGCCACCGUUCUAUCAUUGCCAAACUCUACCAGGACGAGAAGAUGUCGUUGAAGCAAGUUAAACAGAUUAUGGAACGUGAUUACAGCCUCUAUGCCACUGAGAGAAUGUUCAAGACUCGACUUCGUAGUUGGGGACUCGAAAAGAAACUCAAGGAGUCUGAGGCU